UUUGCACGUUGGACGGCGAGGGGGUGCUCGAACAGAGCGAGUUGAAUGACAAUAAAACGGAGGCGAAAACGUAGGAUACCGCAACGUUAAACAAUCCUGAUCCAUCCGUAUGGAGGCGGCCGUCAACCCGUCUCUUGACAGUCUUUUAGGGUUGUAAGUUUGCUGACAUUACAUCGUCAUGGCAACGAAGGUGUAAAAUUGGCUAUAACUUUACACGGAAAAGCAGCACUGUGCGAGUGGGGCUGGCUGUCAUGAGUGGGAUGGAACAAAGUUCCGGCAAGCGAAUUCGGAAACCCUCGCUGCUGUACGAGGGCUUUGAGAGUCCGUCUCUGCCCUACGCGCCUCCGCCCGGCCCUCUUCCACCCCAACAGCCCCAGGUCAAGGACCUCAGUCAACAGGGACGAGCGACCAACCAGCUGCAGUUCCUCCACAAGGUGUUGGUGAAGGCAUUGUGGCGGCAUUAUUUCGCGUGGCCUUUCCAUGAACCUGUGGACGCGGUCCGACUCAACUUACCUGACUACCAUAAGAUCAUAAAACAGCCGAUGGACUUGGGCACCAUCAAGAAACGACUGGAGAAUAACUAUUACCGCAGCGCAAGUGAAUGCUUGCAGGACUUCAACACAAUGUUCACCAACUGUUACAUCUACAACAAGCCUACAGAUGAUAUAGUGCUGAUGGCACAAUCUCUGGAGAAGGUCUUCUUACAGAAAGUUGCCCAAAUGCCCCAGGACGAGAUUGAGUUGCUCCCUCCGGCUCCGAGGGGCAGAGGAGCCAAGGCUGUCAAAGGACGCAGAGGGAGAGGUGGAGGAAGUUUUAUAAGUGCUCACCAGGUGCCUGCAGUAUCUCAGUCGGCUUAUUCUCCUUCAUCUCCUGAUACACCAGAUUCUCGGUUCUCCACCCCUCCACUGACCCUGCUGAACAACGGUGUUCUUCCUCCAUCACUGAUGAACACACCUCCCACUCAACCCACUGCAAAGAAGAAGGGCGUAAAGCGUAAAGCCGACACCACCACUCCCACUACGCUUGGCUUCUCUGCUCCCGGACGUAUGGGAGGUAUGGGAAAAGGCCACGGAUCAGGUGGAGAGAUGCCCUACUCACUAUCUUCCAUGCCUAUAGAUUGCACUCCCAGCAUAGGCGUGGUCAGGGGUGUGAACGAACCCUCCCACCUGCAGCCCGUCUUGGGGCGACCGCUGUCUCGACGGCCAAUCAAACCACCGUGCAAGGACCUGCCUGACUCGGUGCGACCCCAUCAGCCCUCGCGACGCGGGAAGCUGAGCAAGCAGUUACGCUACUGCAGCGGUGUCCUUAAAGAGCUGCUGUCCAAAAAACAUGCAGGGUACGCAUGGCCAUUUUACAAACCAGUGGACGCAUCAAUGCUGGGUCUACAUGACUACCAUGACAUUAUAAAACACCCCAUGGACCUCAGCACUAUCAAGAGGAAGAUGGAUGAGCGCGAGUACAGAGAUGCUCAGCAGUUCAGUGCUGAUGUCAGACUCAUGUUCUCCAACUGCUACAAGUACAACCCACCAGAUCAUGAUGUCGUCACCAUGGCACGCAAACUACAGGACGUAUUUGAGUUCCGCUUCGCAAAGAUGCCCGACGAGGUUUCGGAGGAGGAGGAAUUAUCUCCCAUGCCACUGGGGCGGAACAUGGGCAUGCACCACCCCUCUUCCUCAUCAUCUUCCUCUUCUUCAUCCUCCUCUUCCUCCUCAUCAGAGAGUGAGCCGAGCAGUGACAGCGAGCCCAGCAGCGACAGCUGCCCGAGUUCUGACAGCGAGGAGGAGCGAGCACAACGCCUGGCCCAACUGCAGGACCAGGUGUGUACUCAGCUUAGAGCUGUGCACGAGCAGCUGGCUGCUCUCUCCUCCGGCCCCAUCGUCAAACCCAAGAGAAAACGAGAGAAAAAGAAGGACAAAAGAAAGAAAAAGAAGCUGGAGAAGUGCAGAGGAAGCAGAGGUUUGAUGAGUGAUGAGCGCGAAAAACCUGCCAAGAUGUCUAAGAGCAAAUCGAGCCGAACGUCAGUCUCAUCCGCACAGAGCAAGAAGGGGCCUGCUAAAAAAAGCAACAAAAGCAAAAAUGCAAAGAAAUCAUCCUCGUCAUCUCAUUUUGCGGCAGCCGCUGUCUCCAUCCCUCACUACGACUCUGAGGAGGAAGAGGAUGGUCUUCCUAUGAGUUACGAUGACAAACGACAGCUCAGUCUGGACAUCAACAAGCUGCCUGGGGAGAAACUCGGCCGCGUGGUGCACAUCAUUCAGUCGCGUGAGCCCUCCCUGCGCGACACCAACCCAGAGGAGAUCGAAAUCGACUUUGAGACGCUCAAGCCAUCCACACUGCGUGAAUUAGAACGAUAUGUAAUGACCUGCCUGCGCAAGAAGCCCCGCAAACCUUACGUAGUGAAGAAGGGAGGAAGUGGGAAGAGCCAAGAAGAGCUGGCUCUGGAGAAAAAGAGAGAACUGGAAAGAAGACUACAAGAUGUGAGCGGACAGCUGAACUCUGCCAAGAAACCACAGAAACCUAAAGUGGAGAAACCCAGCAGCGUAGAACCUCACACCAUGUCAUCUCGUCUCAGCGCCAGCAGCUCCAGUUCAGACUCCUCCUCUUCAUCCUCGUCGUCCUCCUCUUCAGACACCAGUGACUCUGACUCAAGGUGAAGAGAUCUUCUUCUAGAGCUAUUCAAGAAGUGGGCUCUUCCAGCACACACUAUUCUGGAGCUGUAGCCCGCUGUACACAAGGACACGUCAUUUUCCGUGCUCCCUAAUCCUGUGCUUGCUGUUUAUUUCUGUGUAAAAAAACAAACAAAAAAACAAAAAUGUAUAUAUUGUGAAGGAUGAUUUUUGUUUCUUUUAUAAAGAAGACUUUUACCAAAAUGCCCAUAAUGGGAAACUCCAAUGGGAGUAUAUAACCAUAACUAUUCUUAGUUGAUGACACAGCUUGUUGUUUUGUUUUUGCUUCCAUUUUGACUCUAAACAACAUUUAUGGUUUAUCUCUGUACCACUUUAAAAACCAGGGCUGGUGUUUCUGUCACAUUUUGAGCAACCAAAACUUGUGUGAAGGUACACAUCCCUUAAAAAUCGAACUACUAUGGAGGGGAUUCACAAUAUAAACCCAAACUGAAAAUAUGAAUGACUUUUCUUUGCAUUGGCUUUAAAGAGUUUAUAUUUCUGUGCUUCAAUGCACUGUACGGUUUUGGAAUUUGUUUCGGAUACAUAAUGUAUGCUGAGUAGUUCAUAACGGUGUAUGAAUGAAUGCUGUCUAGUUUUUUCAGCUUGAUAUUGCCUUGAUCUUGUAAGACAUUGAGUUCUUUUAAUUACAUUUUAUUUCUUUACAUGGUCAAAUCAAUGACAAAUAAUCAGACACUCUUACCAUAUUAUCAGUCAUAUUAGGCGUCUGUGAGAUGUUAGUGAUGACACAUUAUCUCUCAUAUAGUGAAGCAUUGAAAAUAACAGCCAUAAUGCCUCAUUGGAUUUCAGAAGAUGGACUGUAUUUGUUGAUAAGCACUAGAGAACAACUACUAGACUCAGUUGUUAUACAUUAGGUAUUUGAAAAGUUAUUAGGUUGAAUGUCAACUUAAGACAAAUGAGAUUUUCGGGGAAUUGUAGAGGCAUUGCAUUUAAGCAAUAGAAUGAAUAUUUAUUAAACAAUGUUACAUAUUUCCUGUAUAUAGUUUGCAUUAUGCCAUGAUGCUGUUCCUUCUGCUUCUCUCAUUUUGUAUUUAUUUGCAUUGCUUUUCUAAAAUAUUCUUUUUGAAUGUAUGACAAGUGGCUUUUCUGUUUGUUUGUUUUUUUUGUGUGUGUAUGAAUUGACCUAUUCUGUAUCUGCAGUAUAAUUAAGAGUUUAUGCACUCUGAAUUACACAUUGGUUUUUAUUUGGAUGGAAAUACAAAUACAACAAGUGA